CUGGAUGCACAGGUUUAAGAGCACUCCCACUUGCGGCAUGACGUAUGGCCUGACAAAGCGCUACAUGUGCGCAACGGUCCGUUGCCUCUCUCCUUCCCCCCUGCACGCCAGUUCACCUACUCCCUGCCUGUGUAUGCCGAUGGAUUUUAUUCAAUAAAGAAGACGCACCUUUGAAAAUCCACCUGAUUUGCCUGAACAAGUGAUAAGAGGGCUGAAUGAAUUGAUAUCUGGGAAGUACUUAAAUGGUCUCCUAGAGAUAAUGCAAUUUCAAAGUCUAAACAAAUGGACUCCAGAUUUAGAAGACCAAAUCCUGCGCUAUCUCUCCACACCAAAUCCUUCCUAUAUAUUCAGCCUCCAGAUAUCAAUAAGAAGGUACCUGGCAGAUCUUAGUGAUGACCCAGAACUUGUGUUGUCUGAAUUAGAACAUCUGGAUCCUCACUUAUUCGCAAGAGCCAUGGAAUAUCUUUUCAGUGGGAGGAAAGAGAAUUUUGGAAUUGCUGGUAUUGAUGUGGACUUUGAGACCAUGCGGAAUGAAAUCUUCCAGUCCCCGGUAGGAAAUCGUAGUCUAUUCAAUACCACCAUCCAGAAAUGCCUUCCAGUACUGUAUUCGGCUGUGUGUGUGAAAAUACUAGGUCAGGUCAUACAUUUGUACGGUGGGACUUACCUGCAAAGUGAUGUGAUCGCAAGAUUGCCAACUGAGAUACCAGAUGAUCCUUUCAGAAAUCUUUCAUCUGUAUUUCGGGGUCUGUAUGAUAAGCUGAAGGCCAAUGACCGGAGAGCCCUAUAUGAAUGGAUGACUCAAGUUCUGCAGAAAUCCUAUGCAGGCAAUGACGUCAAUGCUUCCAUAUCAUGGGUGACUGCUGAGAGCCUGUGGAUUUUGGGACGUUUCAUGGUACAUCUACCAUUGGAUGAAAUCAAGAAGAUCAGCAUUAUUGAGAUUCGGAUAUUUAUAAGUUAUGACAAUGCCACCAAGCAGCUGGAUACGGUAUACGAUAUUACACAAGAUCUAGCUAAAGCAUUCCUAGAGCUAAUGAAUUCAUCUGGGUUUGAUAUGAGGAACAUAUCCACUCUCUAUAGGCUGGGCUUACUCAUCUGUUUCUACGAUGAUAUACAAGAUCUAGAACCUGUGAUGGCAAAAGCUCUAUUGCAUCAAAUGAUAAAAUGCAACCAGCUGAGGGGCUUCCGAGCUGACGUACAAAAGUUAAAGUCUCAGUUCCUUCAAAUAGCCGUGUUGAACCAGACCUUGAAUGAAAGCCUGGGCUCUCUGUCCGACGCCGUGGUUGGACUGACCAUAUCCCAGCUUGAAUCAUUGUCCCCAGAAGCUGUACAGAGCGCCAUUCUAACACUGCAGCAAGUGUCAGGGUGGACUAAGAGCCAGAUUAUAGUCCUUACGAGAAAGUUUCUCCACUCUGAGAAGGUUUUAACAUAUUCCAAUAUAAGUCAACUGGGAGAACUGGUGUCAGGAGUCAGUGCGGAUUACUUUUAUGAUAUGAAUUCCCGGGAUCUUUUAAUAGCUCUGAAAAGUGGACUUGCCCAGCACUUGCCAUAUUUUACCCCAACACAACAAGAAAGCAUCCUAAGUAAGCUGAUGUCUUCUGGAGAGUUUCACACAGUUCUGUCAGACAUAAAUGGAGCGUUCUUCAAGCAAGUGUCUCUCUCACAACUGCUGGCACAAAGGGACUUGGAUGUUACAGAACUGCACGACAAAGAGAUGAGAAGGAGUCAGGCCCUUCUAUUGUUUGACUUACUAUUGCCAAAGGUACCAUUGGUGAAUCUGCUGAGCACAGGGCAGCUGGUGAAAGGAUUGACAUGUGAAUACAUAGACAACAUGAGCAAGCCGACCUUCCUGAACCACUACAAGCUAAUAGAGAAGAAUCUGCCAUUACUUUCUCCACAUCAGAUCCAUUGUCUGGCAUGGAAAUAUUGGAAGGUUUCCCAAGCAACCAUACCUCCAUUCCUGCUGGCUGUGCUUCCGACAGAAUAUUCUGCUUCUCCCCUUCCCUGCAGACAGUGGUUAAUGGGUCUAAGGAAGAUGGAUGUUAACUAUUUGCUGGUACAUGCAAGCAAGAAGGAUUUUGUGAUUAACAAAGUGAAUCAAUGUCUGAACAAUUCUGUUGCCGAUGUGUAUCAGCUAGAUAUACUUGGGGAUCUCAUCUGUCACUUGUCUCCGAGCAUUAUAGAGACUGGGAUAUCCUCAAAUGUAAUUGAGGCAGCUCUGAGUCAGCUGAAGACCUGCUUGAACCUCAGCCAGGAACAAAGUAAAGCAAUUAAAUACAGAAUUCAGGAACAUUAUGGAAAUCCAUUAAACUGGACGUCUGAAACAGUUCAAGAUAUGGCACCUUUCUGGAAUCUCCUGUCGAAAGAGGAGAUAAUGAUUAUAACUGGGAAGGUACCUACUUUCCAGAAGCUGGUAUCAGAGAUUGUAUCAGCAGCAGCCGGCAUUGCUCAGAGUGAGGAGAUGCUAUCAGGAUUAUUCCAUUCCAUUCACUUACCUGGUGCCAACAUAUCUGAGCCUGACCAGACAGCAGAUUGUAUAGGCAUCAGAGCGCCAUCUGCUGGGACAGUGAUGGUACUGGGUGAGGCCAAUGCAUUCUGGACAUCUGAGGAGUUGCAGUGCAUGACCGUAGACACCUUCGCCAAAUGUGUUCACAUCCUUGGGGUUCUAAGAAGUCUCAAUCAGUCUCAGCUAUUUGUUUUAAAGGAAAAGGCCAAACUGGUGUGGGGGCCGUUGUCAGAAUGGAGAAGUUAUCACAUGACAGUGCUGGGACGUAUAGCCACCGCUCUGAGUGUCAGAGAGUUACAUGAGCUUCACCUACACUCUACAGAUAUGGUGUCUGCACUCACCCAGCAGACAGAAUGGACUCCUCUACAGGCAAAGUCCAUACUUAAUGGUUUCUUAAAUGAUUCCGGAAAAUCAAUGAAAGAUUUGAAGAGCUUUGAACUGGCUGGAUUGGGAUGCAGUGUUUGUGCUGCUGAUGCUGAGCAGAUCGAGCAGAUGAACACACUGGAGUUUAGUUCAAUUAUUUCAAGAAUUGGAUCAUUCCCUUGUAGUCCAAGAAUCCUACAAGCUUUUAAAAAUAGGACAGAGAAGAUUUAUGGAAAAACUGAAAAGUGGAGCCAUUUUGUUCUGAAUGACGUUGGCUACAUAACAGCUGGUUUUACCAAAGAAGAUUUCAGGACUCUUGAUCCUAGACUUAUGCCCUAUAUUCAGCCGUCUGCCAUUAAACUUAUACCUGGGGAGAUUUUUAAGGAUCUGUCACCUGAGCAGAUUCUAAACCUUGGAUCUGAAAAUGGAGCAAUGGUUACAGAAUCCCAGCGUGCUCAGCUGAACAGCGUACAGAUGCACAGCCUUAGGGAGGCUCUAGAGGGCAGAAGAGCUGGCACCAACACAUCAGUACCAGUGACAAUACGCACUACAACCACCGCAACCACACUCCUUAUAUCCAAGAGUGUCAUAAUAACAACUGACUAUUGCGUUGUCUUUGCUUUUGUUUGUCACUUGCUGUAUACAUGAGGUCAGUGAUGUGUUCCUGUUCCAUAUCGUAGGAGCCCUCUCUGCUCUUUACAAGCUUCCUCACAUUAUAUUGGGAUUGUGUCUUUAUUCACCCAUAUUGGGCAUGACAGAACAGACCAGUGUCUUGUUUUUCUUUCAUACGUUGCCUUUCAUAUUUACUGUGAUACAGACAUUUCUGUAAGCAAAAUAAAAUCCUUUUACAGUAUGUGGUCCAUUAGGUGUAGUAUAUGUGAAAAGCAUGAGCAGUGUACAGAUAGGGUUACACCACGUACAGUAUACACCAGAUGUAGCCUAUAAUGGACCAAACAUUUACCAAAAGGAUCUAUAUUAGAAAGUGCAGUUGACCACACUUCCAAUACAAGGACAUUCAGCAAUAAAACAUAUGUAAAUUACCACAAGUUAGAGGGGUUUCCUCUGUAGUAUACAGCUACUAAUAAGUACUGGAAGGAUUAAGAUUUUUUUAAUAGAAGUAAUUUACAAAUCUGUUUAACUUUCUGGCACCAGUUGAUUUAAAAUAAAAUAAAAAUUCCAUCGGAGUACCCCUUUAAGUCCAUACCUGACAACAGUUCCGAUAAUGUUGAAAACCAGCAAAAUGAGGUAUAUGCAAACCUUGCCGAAAAGUGAGCUCUAUGGGAGAAGUUCAAAUGUCCCAUUUUUGGUACAUAAGGGAAUUGGAAAGUAUAGAAGUCCACCUAAGGUCAUACAGCAUUAUUCCAGAUGAUUAAUAGAGCCAUAACAGGGUACCUAUAGCUUUCUGAGGGGCCACACUGAUAUUCAAAGAAUAAGAAAAACAUGGCUACUGUUUUCAGAAACAGCACCAUACUUGUUCAUGGGUUUUGACAACAGUUGUAGCUCCUCUCCAAGGAGUAUUUCAUCCACUAAAAAUGUAUUCCCUAUCCAGAGGAUUGAGGAUAAGAGUCUGAUUGUAGGGAUCCAACCUCUGCCACCCCGUGAUCUCUAGAACAGGGACCCCUCUCCCCACUAAAUGAAGUGGUGUAUCAGCACACACUCCAUCUAUUGUCUAUGGGAACGGCUGAGAUACCCAAAUACAACAGGACAUUUAUGUCACUAUUUAUAGGAGAGAAGCAGCCAUGUUUUUCCAGUCUGAAACAUCUACUUAAAGCCCAGCAUUAUUGUAUGUAAGAAUGCUUAGAAAUGCCUCUUGUUAAAGGGAUUGUCCGAUGAUGAUACUUAUUUUCCA